AUGGAUGCAACUACAAAGUUUGCUAGUAAUGUUACUUUGAUAAACGUUACAGAACAGAAGACGUUCCACGCGACGUCAUCAAACGUUUCUGAAUGGGAGGAUCCGCCGGUCGGUUACUAUGAAAACACGAGGGUGCUGCUCUGGAGGGUGAUCCCGCCGAUUUUUAUUUCCAUUGGAACGAUAGGAAACGCUAUGACUAUUUUCGUGCUGCUUCGUCAGAAGAAGAUGACGUCAACGGCGGUGUUCCUGUUUGCUCUGGCGCUUUCAGAUACAUUCAGCUUGUUUUGCGAUCCCAUGCCAAGGUGGGUGUUCUAUAUCUGGGGCAUUGACAUCUCGUCGCUGAGUAACCCCGGGUGUAAAGCGAUGAUCUACCUUGCAAACUGCAGCAUCCAGCUCUCCUCGUGGCUGAUCGUGGCUGUAACGCUCGAGAGAACAGCUUGCUUGCUCUUCCCACAUAAAGUGAGACUGGGCUGUUCCCCACGAAACGCUGGGUUGAUCAUCGUCACCAUUGUGCUAGCCGUGUUCGGAAUUAAUAUCAUACUACUAGUGAUAUUUGAUAUGAAUGAAUACACGGGCUGGAAAUGCAAUCCGUACACGAAGGGAUAUCAAGACCUAUUUUUCUAUGUUUACGGAUGGAUCGCCUUCACGUUCACUUUCGGCUUGCCGAUCCUGCUGCUUCUCAUUGGCAACGUCAUCAUCGUAGUGCAGCUCGCGCGUUCCCGUUCAAGACGUCAGCGGAUGAACAUUUGCGGUCAGGCACGCGACACGCGUCCAGUGUCGAUUCUCUUGAUUGGACUAUGCGUCUUGUUCUUCGUCACAAUGACACCAGUGUUAGUCUGUUUUUUGUACUUUCCCUACCAGAGGGAGAAGCUCCUGGCGCUCGAGUCAGUUGAUCCUUACACAGCCAGGUACGACUUCCAGUACAUUAGGUUCCUUUACGAUGUUUCCCUUCUGCUCAUCUACUUCAACGCCACCUUCAACUUUGCCAUCUAUGUGUUCAGCGGCUCGAAGUUCCGCGCAGAACUGAUGAGCCUGCUUUGCUGUAAGGCAACACAAGGCACCAGCCUGUUUUGA